UCGCACAGCAACGCCACCACCAGAGUGUAGCAGCAUUAUCCAUUACCUGGAGAGUCAUCAUGCAGGUCAAGUGCCUGAUCAUCUGCCUUGGAUUGGGGCUGCUCAUGCUAGCCACGCCCAUUUGCGAGGCUCGACGUGGACGUGGCCGUGGACGCACCAAGUCCAGGGUUCAGAUCGGAUUGCCCAUAACGGGCAAAUAUCGCGAUCCAGAGUCUGAUCAGUAUUACAAUAACAACAAUGGUGCCAAAAUCCUGCAAGCCUCACACUUUGACCUCGAGUACGUUCUGGGCCAUAAGAUCGCAUUUCUGUGCGUGGCCAAGGGCAAUCCCCGACCCCAUAUCACCUGGUACAAGGACGGGGCGGAGAUCUACCAGCACCUCUACAUGCACGUCCACGAAUGGCGCAUUGGCGAUGACAAGGUCAAGUCUAAGAUCGAAAUUGACCCCGCCACGCAGAUGGAUGCCGGUCUGUACGAGUGUACGGCUGAUAAUAUGUACUCCAUUGAUCGGCGCAGCUUCAAGACCGAUUUCUCCAUCGCCUUCGACUGAUCAAAAUCUCGACCUCAAUCUGACAGCCGAAAGGUUAAUAAAGUCAUUUAAAAAUGGAAAUUUAAAACAGAAUGAAAUCUGAGAAGGACUCCUACUAUUUUAUCUGUAAAGCUAAGAUCAAGAUUGACUUUUCCAUUCCAUACGAAAACAGAGGAGAUAAUCUAAAGCUUUUUCAGUGGGUGAACUAACACUAAAUGCUAUUCAAUAACGAUGUUUUUAUAAAAUUGUUGUAUUAUAUUAAUAAACAAACUUGUUAAUGACCAU